UCAGCCACUUCUGCUUUUGAACACUGAACAUGUGGUUUCUCAAGUUUGCCAUAUUUAUUUGGAUCCUAUACGCACAAAUUAACGAUUCAGAUGCUUUCAUAUGCUCAAAAGGCCAAAGGGUGAAGGUAUCACCAACAGGAACCAAAUCAUGUACAACUUGUGAGACCGAUCAAUUCCAACCUGAAACAACCACAUCCCAGUAUUGUAAACCGUGUCUAAAAUGCGUCAAAGAGAUGGGAAGUGAGAUUUCGCAGAUAUGUACAUCAGAACAAAACAGAAAAUGUAAAUGUCGGGAGAAUUUUGUUCCCCUGGAAGAUGACUCAUCCACCUGUAAAUGUGCCACUGGGUUUACUCUACGAAGUAACGAGUGUGUGAAAGAGGAAAAAAAGAUCCCACUUAGAGCCACUACACCUAUCCAAAGAUUUCUGACUGCUGCGAUCUCCCCACGGCCACAAGAGGGGACUCAAGAACCUGCUCACAACAUUAAUACUGCUACUGUAACUACUAUAACAACUACUGUUUCUACUACAACCGGUCCUCAGCGGUUUCCAGUCACAACAGAGAGGACGAGGCAUUCACCUACCUCCAAUAUUGUUGUGGGCUUUGUAUUUGUGACUGUUGCAUUACUAGUACUGACUGCUUUAAUCUGCAAACAAAAUAUACUGCCACGCAUGAAGAGGAGAUCAGAGCAAACUAGAGACGCUUCGUUCCGCAUGCCAGUGGAGGAAAGUGGAGACGGCAGUCAGGAUUCUCUCAAACAAAACCAAGAGGAACCAUAAGAAUGAGCAGAAAUUUGACAGAUGGAAUAAACGGUUGAGGAAUUUCAGCAUCAUUUUUCAAAAGUCAGUUAACACUACACUUUUAAUUAGCUUUAAUAAAACAUGAGCGAAGACUUAAUCCAUAAUGAACAGAUAUGUUUUUAAGAAUGAUUCAGGCUUAGUGACUAAUUAAGUAAUAAUCAAUUAAUACCUCAGCC